UGGUGCCAGUCGCUCACGGGGACGAGAGGAUGGCCGAUCACAGCAGGCAAAUUAAACUCGCUGCAGCAAAGAAAAAGCUGAAAGAGUUUCAGCAGAAGAGUGCUCCAUCCACAGGCACUGCUGCCGGACCAAAGAAGAAGAGGAAGGUAAAGGGAGGGGCCCAGGCAGACUCUGCCUCUGCCGACAGACACUCGCCAGACCGCAUUGAGAAUAUUCUGAAUGUUAUGGUGUCUGAUCUUAGUCUGACUAAUGGCGUAGCUCUUCCUCCAUUGGUCAACAGCCAGGACCAUGGUGAUGUGGAGGCGCGGGGCUCCCCCGUCUCCCAGAUCCAGGAGGAGGCCAUCGGAGAGGCUGGUCGCGCCUCGCCCCUGUCUAACACCCCCACUGCUACUAACUCAGAGUGUCUCGCUGACAACACUGCCCUGCAGCAGAACUACGACUCUGAUGCCAAUGGCGAUGGGUUUGCUCCAGAGGAGAGUAGGCCGCUGUCAUCCACUGAGAGCCUGAGACAACUGUCCCAGCAGCUCAACGGCCUCGUGUCUGAGUCCCCGUCUUCAUAUGUCAAUGGAGACACAGGUGGGCCAGUUCCUGUCAGUGACAAACAACUGGAGGCUCGGAACCAGGAGCUGUCUGCAGCGCUGGACUCCAGCACGCUAACAAACUCUCAGCUCUCUGCACAGAUAGACACGCUGACAAAGCAGUCUCAGGAGCUGUCGGACCAGCUGCAAAAGGAGCGGAAGGAGUUUGAGCAGAAGUUCACCAAGGAGCAAGGAGCCAUGCGGGAGCAGCUGCAGGUUCACAUUCAGACCAUUGGCAUUCUGGUGUCUGAGAAAACAGAGCUACAAACCGCCUUGUCAUACACACAACAAGCAGCACGCCAAAAGACAGGCGAGGCAGAAGAGCUCACCAAUCGGUUUCAGGCCAGUAAGCAGAGGAUAUCAGAGCUGGAGAGAACUUUAUCCACAGUGUCUACACAGCAGAAACAGACAGAGAAGCACACUAGAGAGUUGGAGAAGGAGAGAGACAGUCUGCGGGUGGAAGCAGUCAGGUUACAUAGUGCGAGUGAAGAGAUGAAACAGCAGAGCUCCGAGCUGUCUGAGCAGCUCCGGUUGAGAUCGAGUGAGAAUGGCGCUCUCAGCCUGGAGCUGGAUGAGCUCCGCAAGCGCUUGGAGAUGGCUGAUGUUAUGCUCCAGCAGUUCUCCAGUCAAUCAGGGUCGCCUUCUGAACACCAGCAGAUUCAACUUCUCUUGGAAGAGAAACACCAACUGGAGAGUCACACAGCAGAGCUUAUGGAGUCGGUAGCCCAACUGCAAAGGGAGAGAGACCAGUAUGCAGAGCAGAUCCAGGAGGAGGGCCAGGUAUGGAAGGAUAAGACGGAACAGCUUCUUUCUCAGGUGACCCUAAUGUCACAAGAGAGGGACAGGAAUGCUGCUCUGAUCCAGGAGCUACAGGAGCAGAUCACAGAGCUCAAGAACACUACAGCUGUAAUGUCUCAGGAGCCAGAGAACCAGGUAGCGUCCCCGCUCUUGGGCCCCUCAGAGAGGGAGCGAGCCUUAGAGGAGAGUCUCCACACCCUCCAGGAGGAGAAAGAGGCCCUCGCUCUGCAGUACCAAGCCCAGGUCCGAGAUAACGAGCAAUUGAGUCGCCUGGUGCAGGAGCAGGAGGUGCGGGUGGAGGAGCUGGAGAAGCAGGCUGAGCACGCCACCCAGGAGGUCCAGGACAGGCUGCGCAUCCUGGAGGACGCUCAGAGCGACAAGGCCACCAUCAGCCGAGCCCUGGGCCAGAACCGGGAGCUCAAAGACCAGCUUGCUGAGCUCCAGAAUGGCUUUGUCAAGCUGACCAAUGAAAACAUGGAGCUCACCAGCGCUCUGCAGUCAGAGCAGCACGUGAAGAAGGAGAUCGCCCGCAAGCUGGGCCAACUGCAGGAAGACCUCCACAACGCCAAAGAACAGCUGCAGGAGCGGACACAGGAGUGCUCGUCGCUGCAGGAGCAGCGGGACCAGUACCUGGGCCACCUACAGCAGUACUCGGCCGGUUACCAGCAGGUGGCUGCCGAACGUGAGCAGCUCCACAAGCAGUUCCUGCAGCAGACGCAACUCAUGGACCAGUUGCAGCACGAGGAGGUGCAGGGGAAGGUCAUGCUGGAGCAGAGCCAGUUACAACUGCAGCAGGCCCAGGAGAGGGUUAACCUGCUGGCCAAGGACAACGAGCAGCUUAAAACCGAGGUUCAGGAGCUCCUGAACAGCUCUGUUGUGAAUACAACGCUCAGGGACCAAGGUGAUGGAGUGGAAAGCCAUUCGCUGCCAGAGAGCUUCCAGAAAUCGUCUAUAGCCAUCCCAGAGGACUUUGACAGCAGAGAAGAAAUGGAGGAUUUCCUGCACUCUGCCCUGUCCCGUCUGGAGGGAGAAAGGGAUGAAGUCCUGCACAGAUUGGAAGAGGAGAGGAAGCUACACCAGGCUGCCCUGCAGCAGGUCACCACCAUGAGCCACGAACACCAUCACCACAAUACAUGCACAGAAACAGGGUACUUGGAUGGUGUCCCUGUGGAGGUGCAUGAGGCAUUGCAGCUCGCCAUGGAGAAGCUCCAAGAGCGAUUCACAGCCUUGAUGCAAGAGAAGGUGGACCUGAAAGAGAGAGUGGAUGAGCUGGAACACCGUUGCAUCCAACUCUCUGGAGAGACCGAUACCAUCGGUGAAUACAUUGCACUGUAUCAAAACCAGAGAGCCAUUAUGAAACAGAAGCACCAAGAGAAGGAGCAGUACAUCAGCAUGCUAGCCAAAGACAAGGAGGAGAUGAAGGCAAAGUUGUCAGAGUUGCAGGAGCUGGUGAUGCGUCUGGUGGGAGAGAGGAACGAGUGGUACAGUCGCUACAUGAGCGCCAUCGGAAACCCCGACCUCCUGUCUGCUGAGGAGGACAUCGUCCAGCCUGUGGAGAGACAUGUGGAGCUGAAUGCUGUAGAUAGCCCAGAUUUUAUGGACAUGAGCACGGCUGUAGACCUGACUACAAAUCUGCAGUCCAGGACAGACCUGCCCCAGAGCUCGGGGGGACCAGAACCCCCUGCUGGCCCGUCUCUGAGGCCCAGGGAGGAUGGUACGGCCCGCCAGAUCAUGCAGCUGCUCCAGGAGAUCCAGAACCCUCAGGCGCGGGUCGCCCCCUUCCUGGGAGAGAACCCUUGCAUCCCUUUCUUCUACCGGCCCGACGAGAACGAUGAAGUGAAGAUCAUGGUGAUCUGAGAGCCCUCCCCUGCCCUUACUGCCCCACCCUUGCUCUCUGCUUCUGUUACCCUCUGCCUUCUGGAAGAAAAGAACCCCUGCUUUUCCACUCUCCUGCCUGUCAUAGAAGAUGCCUGAAGGCUUGUGAUUGCUGCUUUUGUUACACAGACCCACACUGAUGGACCCUCGAGCUCCCCGCUGUGCACCCAACCUCGUUUUAGCUCAUUUUAUUUUGGUGGAAGACAUUUUGUCCUUCUUUAUUUCUGAUUAUUGCCACUUUCCUAAACCUAGCAGAUAUGCAAGAAGAGUAGCUUGUAAGUAUAGUAACCUGAGGCUUGGGUGCUGAGCUGAGCAGUGGUAUUCCUACAUGCUUUACAUGGUUCUCUCUCUUGCUUUACUCCUCUGGACAGUAGGUGCAAUAGGAAGAUUCUGUCUGAAUUCUAUAUUAGUCAUAUCACAAUCAGUACGAUUGGGUCAAAUCCUUUGGGUUACUGAAGUUUGUUUGUGGUUUUUUUUUUUUUUUUUUUUUUUCACUUUGUUUUGAAGAUUGGAAACAAAAUGAAUGCCUCAGCAAAUGAGCAUUAGUAACUGUUGGUCAGUUAGAAUGGGAAGCACGGAAACUCUUGUUAGUUUAUCUUAAGUAAGGAAGAUCUGUGUAUAUCUGUUGGUGAAAACCAAAAUGAGCAGAAUAUAUUCUUUGUGCUCAUGAAAAAAUGUCAGUGUUUGACCAGAAAAGUGUCAUUUGGUUUGUAACAAGACAAAGUAUAGACCGUAUAUGAGCACUGGAUUUGGAGGACUGAUGUGAGGUGUGGAGUAAGGCCACAUUCAUCAAUGUCUAGCAAGUUGUACGGGGUAAUAACGGGCAAACAUGUAUGUCGGCAAUAGGAGAAGCUUACAUAUGAAGCAUCGCCCCCCCCCCAAUGACCACAGCCCUCCUUAAACUGAAGGGAUAUUAUUUACUGGAGACUCUGUCCCUAAAACAUUUGCCAAAAUCCCCUCGCAUUCACCUUCAGUCAGUGGUUGCGUUAUAUCACGUGUCUGGAGAGGGCAUGUCUGCAGCUGUCGUGUGCUGAUGACAAAUUAUCUUUGUGUGUAAUGUGUUGAAAAAUGCUCCUUUAGUAGCCCAUGGAUCCAAAAGCACUCUUGGAGUGUCAGUAUCCUUUAUUGGCUUGCUCCCAGUACUAAUCCCUCUCACACACAUACGUACGUGUAGAGGAUUGCUGCUUUUACAUGUGAACAUGAUGAGUGGUGAUGGAGUGCUGGAAAACUCUAUGAUGCCAACCAUGUUUUAAUUAGAUCCUGGUUGGCUGAGGGUUUGCUUCUGUAAAGACUGAAGUGAUUAAUGGAUAGGGCUGUAAACAUGCAUAACUAGAAGUUAAAGCUUUUGUAAGAGUUUCAGUUUUUUAAAAAAGGGGCAAUUCAUUCAGUGGGUAUGUUUUACAUCACGGUUGGUUUUGCCAUGUCUAAUGUCUCCCUCUAACCACAAUGCCAGAGACUUACUCAACCUUUGUUCCUGAAAUCAGAAAAUGUUGGGGAGCUCUAAUAUGUAAUGGGAAACAGACUGGUUUUUAAACCAUUAGAAC